GUAACAUGCCGAAGUGAUGGCGAAACGUGUUGGACCUUACAAAAGAUACUUGCACGACACAGAUGUAAUUCCGAAAAGAACAACGCUCAGAUGGAACGCAAAAUGCAACAGCAAUGAAGAUGGUCAAAGAAAUACUGGAGAUGGCAUGAGUAAUGCUUCCAACAGCGAAGAUGAAAUAAAUAAAGUGGGCAAUGAGGACUUUGAGGACAUUCAAGAGAAUGACAAUGAGGAUGACCGAAUAAACACAGAAGAUGACAUGAGUAAUGCAUCCAACAGUGAAGACGAAGAUGAUGAAGUGGACAAUGAAAACCCCUCCACAACUAGCCUGUUGGGCACUGACAUUGAAGAGAAUGAGGAAGACCUGUCAGAUUCCGAAGGGAACAUAUUUGAUGCCGCCAGGAGUGAAGAUGAAAACGAUGUGGACAGUGAAGUCUUAAUGGAGGGCAACACCAGUGGAGAAAACACAUCUGCAUUUUCAAUGGGCAGUGAAGAUAGAGCAGAUACUGGUGACAAUCCAUUGUAUCCUGGUGCACCUCUUUCAAAAGGAGAAAGUGUAUUAAUGCUGAUGUCCUAUCUGUUACGGCAUAAUUUAACCGGAAAAGCACUUAAUCACUUACUGGAAAUGUUUAACAUAAUGUUUCCAGGUCUGAUCCCAUCUUCACAUUACCUUUUCCACAAAGAAUUUGGAAGUUCAUCUAAAUUUGAAGUUCACUUUUAUUGUGAAAGCUGUUUAAAAUACCUUGGUAUUAGAGCAGACUGUCCCUCUCAAUGUGACUCUUGCAACACAGUUUUUGACGCCAGUGCAAACCUUAAGAAUGGCUUCUAUUUUCUUGUGUUGCCCCUGUAUGCACAGAUUAAGCAACUACUUCAAGAACAUGGUAUCAGUCUUAAUGAAAAAACUAGAACCUUAGGGAUUUUCUCUGACAUACAGUCUGGGGAAGAGUAUCAAAAGUUAUGUGACAGUGGAGUUCUUGAAAAAGAUGACUUGACACUCAUUUGGAAUUGUGAUGGCGCACCAGUGUUCAAAAGUUCUAAAUGCAGCAUUUGGCCAAUUCAGUGUCAGGUAAUUGAACUGAAACCAGAAGUGAGGAAAAAGCACAUUUUGAUGUCAGCGUUAUGGUUUGGGCCAAGUAAACCAUCCAUGUUUACAUUACUAACACCAUUUGUUAAAGAAGCCUCAUUAUUAGAGACUGAAGGUAUUGACUGGCAAGACAUACAGGGAAACUGUCAUGUUUCUAAAGUGUUUGUGCUGGUUUGUAGCUCUGAUUCGAUGGCUCGUCCAUUGCUUCGUAACACAAAGCAGUUUAAUGGUUUUUACGGUUGUGACUUUUGUUAUCACAAAGGUGGUAAAUCCUAUCCAUACGAUCAACCUGAACCCCCACUGCGAAAUGAAAGAGAUCAUUUCAGGCAUGCAAUGUCAGCUUCAGUAAAUGAGCCAGUGUUUGGAGUCAAAGGGCCAUCUCCUUUAAUGAAGCUUAGUCACUUUCAAAUGAUCAAUGGUUUCAUUCCUGAAUAUCAACACAAUGUGUGCCUUGGAGUCACUAGGCAACUAACAACAUUAUGGUUUGAUACAGCAAACAGUCAAGCCCCCUGGUACAUUGGCAAAAAGAUUGAAGAUGUUGAUUUGCAACUUGCAAAAAUAAAACCUCCUAUUGAGAUAACUAGGACACCAAGGUCAAUUACUGAAAGGAAGUUCUGGAAAGCUUCUGAGUGGCGAGCAUUUCUCCUCUUCUAUGCUCUGCCUGUAUUGAAAGGAAUACUCCCUGCCAGAUUUUGGAAUCAUUUGUUCCUAUUGGUGUUUGGCAUAUAUACAUUACUGCAGGAUAAGAUCAAGACUAGAAGCAUCUUGAUGUCAGAACUGGCUCUUAAAAAAUUUGUCAUUGAUUUUCAAAGACUGUAUGGAAAAGACAACAUGACUUUCAACAUACACUUGCUCACACACAGCACACAAAGUGUGAAACACUGGGGGCCAUUAUGGGCUACAUCAACCUUUGCAUUUGAAUCCAAUAUGGGCACUUUAUUGAAGUAUUUUCAUGGAACACAAUAUGUCCCUUCACAAAUAGCUAGACAUUUUCUACUGUGGAGAGAAUUGCCAGAAAAGGCCAAGCAAACUAACACCAGUGUAAAGGUUCAGUCAUUUGUUGAAGAACUUUAUUUUAAUAAGCGAAAAACUGACAAAUGUGAGAUACUAAAUGAAAGUGUCAAGGGUUUUGGGCAUCCACCUUUGCAAGAAAAUAUUACAACUUCAUACAGGCUUGCCAUUGCCAAGCUAUGUAGAAAUCUAGGUAACUGCUUCUGGUCUUACAACCGUUUUUUGGUUGAUGGAGUUGUGUAUCACAGUCAAAAAUAUGACAGACUAAAGAAAAGAUACAACACUGAUAAGUUGUACAUUACACCUUUGCCAAAUCCAUAUGAACGGGACUAA